AUGCUGCACUACCCGUUGGCAAUGUUCAUGUUCUGGAAACACUUGCAAGAGCAGAAUACGAAUAAGGAAUUGGACGAUGACCAAAACACGUUUGUGCUCGAAGACAGCCAAGGUGGUUCGCGUGCAUACAUGUCUUCUGAUUCUGGUAGGACAAACGAUGAGGAACAGACAAGAACGAACUACAUAAAGUUCUCUGACAGAAAGCCAGACACGACGAAGAACGGAACGGAGCAGGAUGGCUUCUUCGUUUUUUAAAGGGCAUCAAUGCCGACACGCUUGAUUCGCUCAAUGAAUUAAAUUUAUAAUGUAAAGCAAACAUAGGUGUUUGCUAUAAUGCUAUGACAACGUCACUCCCAUGACGACGCGUUACGCAUUGACUAACGAUAUCAACAUGCUGCACUGCCUCCAACGCGGGAG